AACAGGUUUGAUUGAGGCAGCGGCGACAUUUGCCUCCGAGAGAGCGGCGAAGGCGAGAUGGCGGAUGCGCCGCCCGGGGUGGAUGUGCCCGAACUGGGUACGUGGAGCAUCCAAGAACUCCAGGCCAAGCUCAGCGAGAUCGGCUUCCCCGCCCAAGGUGUGCGGGAGGAGCUCAUCGAGCGCUUGAAGAAGUACAGUUUGCAGACGGGAACCAUCCUGAGCCGUCCCGUGCGUAAAGAUGAGUUGGACAAGGGGCACCCGAUGUCGUCGAUGCCCGGGCAGAUGGCUGGGAUGCAGAUGCCCCCGCGACCGUUGGGGAUGUCCCGCAUACCCCACCCCCCUCAGGGCCUGCAGAUGGGCUUCCCCAUGGGGGUGGUGCCGCCGGGGAUGGGCCCCCGCAUCCACAUGUCCCCGGUGGACCCCUCUGCCCUCUCCGAGGAGGAGCGACUGAAGCUGGCGCAGCAGCAGGCUGCCAUACUGAUCCAGCAGGAGGAGCGAGCCAAGCAGGCGGCAGCGAUGCUGGAGCACGAGCGGAAACAGCAGGAGAUGGUCCAGAUGCAGCAGGGGAGCCAGGGACCCCGGCCCCUGGAGGUCGUGCCUCGGCCGACACUGGGGCCUCGAGGCAAUGGACCGCCCGUGCCCUUGCCGCUCUCCGUGGCCGUGCGUUCGGUAACGCCGGGGCCCACCACCACGUUGGCCGGGACUGCGCUGGGUGCCCGACUCCGAGGGCCACCCCCACCACCAGGAGAAGAGAGCAGAGAGGGCGACGACGUGGGCCCUGGGCCAAAGAUUCCCCAAGUGCUCGAGAAGAUCCUCCAGCUGAAGGAGCAGCGGCAGGUGGAGCUGACGACGAACUCGGAGACAUCGGAAGAGGUGGAGGCAGCAGUUGGAGCCACGCUAACCCCGGCCGAGACAGAAGAUGAGGAGCUUGCGUCGUCGCUAUCGAAGAAAGAGAAAAACCGGAAGCGCAGGAACAGGAAGAAGAAGAAGAAGGCAGGACGCAGUGUGGAGAAUGGCGCGCAGAAGAAGCCGGAGAAAGCAGAGGUUGCGGACACCGACACGGAGGUGGAGGUGGAGUACGUAACUGAGGAGCCUGAAGUCUUUGACGCCAAUUUCAUCUAUUUCAAGAGGAUAUUUGAGACCUUCAGGCUGACCGACGACGUGAAGAAAGACAAGGACAAGGAACCGGACCGAGCUGAUAAGCAGGAGUCGACAGUGGUGAUGAAGAGGAAGGGCUUCGAGAUGGAGCAGAAAGGGAGCAGUGACGAGGACGAAGAGGGGGACAGCGACGACGAUGUGUUGAAGAAGGAGGAGCUCCCCAAGCUGUCGAAGAAGAAGCUGCGACGGCUGAACCGUCUGAGCGUGGCUGAGCUAAAGCAGCUGGUGGCCAGGCCCGACGUGGUGGAGAUGCACGACGUAACGGCGCACGACCCGAAGCUGCUCGUCCACCUGAAGGCGACGCGCAACUCGGUGCCCGUGCCCCGGCACUGGUGCUUCAAGCGGAAGUACCUGCAGGGCAAGCGUGGCAUCGAGAAGCCCCCGUUCGAGCUGCCCGAGUUCAUCCGACGCACUGGCAUCCAGGAGAUGAGGGAAGCUUUGCAGGAGAAGGAGGAGCAGAAGACCAUGAAGACCAAGAUGAGGGAGAAGGUGCGCCCGAAGAUGGGCAAGAUCGACAUCGACUACCAGAAGCUGCACGACGCCUUCUUCAAGUGGCAGACCAAACCCAAGCUCACCAUCCACGGGGACCUGUACUACGAGGGGAAAGAGUUCGAGACCCGGCUCAAGGAGAAGAAGCCCGGAGACCUGUCGGACGAACUGCGCCUGGCCCUCGGAAUGCCGGUGGGAGCGAACUCGCACAAGGUCCCUCCGCCCUGGUUGAUUGCCAUGCAGCGUUACGGCCCGCCGCCCUCCUACCCCAACCUCAAAAUCCCUGGCCUGAACUCGCCAAUCCCAGAGAGCUGCUCCUUCGGGUACCACGCUGGCGGCUGGGGGAAGCCGCCCGUCGACGAGACUGGAAAACCGCUGUACGGGGACGUAUUUGGGACAAAUUCCCUGGAAUUUCAGGCAAAAACCGAGGAGGAGGUGCUGGAUAGGACACCCUGGGGCGAGUUGGAGCCCUCUGAUGAGGAAUCUUCAGAGGACGAGGAGGAAGAGGACGAAAGCGAUGAAGAUAAGCCGGACGACACUGGAUUCAUCACACCAGCGGACAGUGGUCUGAUCACGCCAGGAGGGUUCUCCUCGGUCCCGGCAGGAAUGGAGACCCCAGAACUCAUUGAGCUGCGGAAGAAGAAGAUCGAGGAAGCCAUGGAUGGCGGCGAGACCCCACAGCUGUACAUCCCGGUGCCAGAAAAGAGGACAGCGACAAUCGGCGGAGCGAUGAUGGGUUCCACGCACAUCUACGACAUGUCGGCGGUGAUGAGUCGGAAAGGACCCGCCCCGGAGACCCAGGGCAUCGAGGUCGCCCUGGCUCCAGAGGAGUUGGAGCUCGACCCCAUGGCCAUGACCCAGAAGUACGAGGAGCGGGUCAGGGAGCAGCAGGCACAGGUCGAGAAGGAGGACUUCAGUGACAUGGUGGCCGAGCACGCAGCCAAGCAGAAGCAAAAGAAGAGGAAAGCCCAGCCCGCUGACAGCAGUCGUGGGACGAAGAAGUACAAAGAGUUCAAGUUCUAGUCGGGGGCCCGAGCUGCCACGUUCGUUCACCCCUUCGCCGUUCCCUCCCCCAUUCCCUUGUUUUACUUGUAUUAAAGUUGUGACCGUUCUUUUUCUAACAA